GAAACCUCGAACUUAUCUCGAGGCAAACACACGCACACAAAAACAAAACGCUUUCUCAUUCAUUCCCCACAUUCUCUCUCAGAAAGAUUUAGGAUCUCUCUCUCUCGCUCUCUGUUUCUUAUCCAAUGCAGCCGAAGCGUCGUCAUUUCUUGGCUUCUCGAGCUUCGAACCUCUGGGUGCUACUGGGUCUAGGCAUUGCUGGGGCUCUUCUAUUAACAAAGAAGCUGAAGAAGAGAGUUCGUGAAGACUUCGGUGCCUUCAUCGAGAAGCUUCUUUUGCUUCCUCCCCCUCAGCCUUCUCCUCCCAAAGCUCCUCACCCCCUCACUGGUCUCUCCUUCGCCGUCUCCGACCUGUUUGAUGUGAAAAGCUAUGUGUCUGGAUUUGGUCAUCCAGACUGGAUUAGGACACACGAAGCUGCUAUUUCAACAUCCCCUGUGGUUUCAGUUCUUGUUGAUGGUGGAGCUACAUGUGUUGGGAAGACUGUAGUUGAUGAAUUUUCCUUUAGCAUCAGUGGAGAAACCAAGCAUUAUGAUACACCCACUAAUCCUGCUGCUCCUUCUCAUAUCCCCGGUGGAGCUUGCAGUGGAGCUGCUGUUGCUGUUGCUGCUAACCUUGUAGAUUUUGCUUUAGGUAUUGACACGGUUGGUGGGGUAAGAGUGCCUGCUGGAUACUGCGGCGUUUUGGGAUUCAGAUCAUCUCAAGGGAUUGUAUCAAACGCUGGAAUCAUACCAGUGUCUUCAAGUCUUGAUGCUGUUGGAUGGUUUGCUAGGGAUCCAAACACCUUACGACGUGUUGGCCAUGUAAUCUUGCAACUGCCAUUUGCAACUCAACGGAACCCGAGACAAAUCAUAUUAGCUGAUGACUAUCUUCAGUUGUCCAAGCUUCCUGUCGACCGCAUUAAGCAAGUGGUGAUCAAAUCAGCUGAGAAGCUUUUCGGGAGACAAGCGCUUAAGCAUGAGAACCUGGACAAGUAUAUUGAAGCUAAGGUUCCUAGCUUGAAAGAGUUCUGUAGGGAAAAAGCCAAUGGUGAUUCACAGUCCCCGACAUCAAGGCUGCUUGCGAAUGUGAUGCAGCUUCUUCAGAUGCAUGAGUUUCUUCAAAACCAUGGGGAUUGGAUCAGCACAGUGAAACCAUCCAUUGAUCCUGCGGUUUACUCACAACUAUCUAAGACACCAGAGCUGACCGAUGAAGAGAUUGAAAACCUGAACGCAGUUAGGAACCAGAUGCGGGUAGCUAUUGGCUCACUUCUCAAGGAUGAUGGCAUUCUAGUUAUUCCAACAAUGCCAUCUGUUCCUCCAAAACUUGGUAGCAAAGAGAUUAUGUCAGAGGACUAUCAAAACCGCGCUUCAAGUCUACUUUGCAUUGCUAGCAUAUCAGGCUGUUGUCAGGUGACUGUGCCGCUUGGGCAUCAUGAGAAGUGCCCUGUUUCUGUAUCUUUCAUUGCAAGACAUGGUGGUGAUCGCUUUUUGCUAGAUACGGUGCAGACAAUGUAUACCUCUUUGCAAGAGAACUCCAGCCUCAUCGUUAAUCCUAAAUCAUCGAUAAAUACUAUUAGCCAAGAAGGGUCAGCUGAGAUUGCAAAAGAGAAGGGAAACCAAGCAUUCAAAGAGAAACAAUGGCAGAAAGCAAUUGGGCUGUACUCAGAAGCUAUAAAGUUAAAUGACAAAAAUGGUACCUAUUACAGUAACAGAGCUGCUGCAUACCUUGAACUUGGAAGCUUUCGUCAAGCUGAAGCUGAUUGUACCAAGGCUCUUACCCUAGAUAAGAAGAACAUUAAGGCAUAUUUACGAAGAGGAACUGCAAGAGAAAUGUUAGGCAACUUUAAGGAAGCUAUAGAUGAUUUCAGUUAUGCGCUUGUGCUUGAGCCAAACAACAAGAGAGCGGCUAUGUCAGCAGAUAGACUAAAGAAAGUGUUCCUCCAAUGA